AACAUGAACGCUGUUGCGGCCUUAUUCCUGCUGGUUAGUUGCCUGGCAGUCAGUCAUGCAUGGAACUGCACCGAGGCUCCGCGGCUGUACAACGCCAAACAGGUUGACGCCGGAAUGGGAAAGGUGGUUGCAACCGACAUUCACAAACGGGCCUUUUUCCUGAGUGGACGCUACUGGUACAGACUGGGCACAGUCUCUCUCUCUCAUGUCUCAGUGGGACCUUCAGGAACCUGGGGGACUGACGCCUUAAGCAGGGUCCACAAAUUGGUCGCUGGAAACUUUAAUCUAGUCAAUGGUCUGACCAUGCAGCAGGUAGAUGCUGGUGGUGAUGGGCAGGUCGUCGGGGGAAGGCCCUCCAACUAUCUCGCCUACUGUCUGAGAGAGGCUUAUGCUUUGCCAUACACUGGAGUGGGCAGUGUCAGCUGGUCUUACCUUUCAAAAGCCCUGAAGUACAUCAGCUGUGGCCCACUGUACGGAUGCUGGGGAGUUGACUCAAGUUCCCGUGUUUAUGUCACCAGGACAAUGUCACCAACCACCUGCAGGACCAGUGGCUGGUUGUACGUGUCAGGGGUAUCAAUGAAAAUGAUUGAAGUGGGGACAGACGGAAGCGUGUAUGGAGUCACUACAAAGGGCCAGGUCUACCAAAGAAUUGGCAUCAGCAGUUCUCGCAGAGAAGGCACAGGUUGGGUUUACGUCUCCAUGUGCAUGCCCGUCAAACACGUGAGCUACGACCUGCGCCAGCUUUGGGUCGUCACCACCUCUGGUUUGCUCAUGAGAUGCACACGCUAAUGUCAUGAGUGUGGCAGAUGUUUAAUGUGCACCGAUCUGGAAAAUUCUA